AUGGCUGAUGACCCCUCUGGCUGGUCCCUGACCGAGUCCGACCCUCAAGUAUUCUCCCAGCUGUUGAACGACUUGGGCGUCAAGGGUUUGCAGGUGGAUGAUCUCUACGCGUUGGACGCCGAAACUCUCGCCACCUUGAAACCUAUCCAUGCUCUCAUAUUCCUCUUCAAAUAUGUGUCAUCCGAAGAAGAAAAGGGCGGUGAGACGCAGGGUGUCGAAGUCGACCCUCUGAGUAGCGGUGUGUGGUUCGCCAACCAGGUCAUCAACAACAGCUGCGGCACUUUGGCCGCUCUCAAUGCUGUAAGUACGCUCAAGUGCUAUACGACAAGUCCACCCAGACCCCGAAACAAGCCAUCGCUGACUUCGUAUGACUGCAGCCUCGGCCACAUUGUUUCUUCUUCCGACCGAAUUCGAGAAGUACACAACUCCUUCUCCAAGUCUUCUCCAUUCUCUAUGGACCCCUCGGCCUUUCCCGAACGCGAAAAGGAAGACGCCUACCACUUUGUCGCUUACUUGCCCGUGAACGGUAUCUUGUACGAGCUUGACGGGCUGAGACGCUCCCCGUUAAUGCACGCCCCGGUGGAGGAUGACUGGCUAAACACUGCAAGGGAGACCAUCGAAAACAGGAUUGCCACAUACCCUCCUGGGUCCCUCAUGUUCAACCUCCUCGCGGUCCGCUCUGCCGCUCUUCCUCGUCUCGAACGACUACUUCAUGAUCAGUCCACGCCCGCCGAACAGAAGUUUGCACUGCAAGAUCAGCUGGAACACGAGCAGAGCAAUGCCAAGCGCGGUGCCCUUGAGAAUAAGCUUAGACAGCACAAUCUGUUGCCGGUCGUGUUCCAGCUGUUCAAGGGUCUGGGCGAGAGUGGGCUGGCCGGCAAAGCUGUCGCAGAUGCCAGAGCUAAGGGCGAGGCGCGUAUUGCAAAGGCCAAGGCUCAAGGCGAGCAAGAUUAG